AUGUUAAGAAAAUGCUCCUACGGUUUAUUGGGAAUUUCGUUAUUCUUCCUAGGAAAGAGAUUUGUUAAUGGAAGAUCUGUUCCGAGCCAAUUAUUGAAGGAAUCUGAUCUUAGAGGACAAGUUGUAUUGAUAACUGGCGCAUCCAAAGGUGGAAUUGGAUACGAAACUGUUAAGGCAUUGUAUUGCUUGGGAGCUACUGUUUGUGUGAGUGUCAGAAAUUUGGAAAGAGGAUUAGAGGAAAUGGAUGAAUUGGAAAGGGAAUGUAAAUCAAUGAAUAGGAACCUCAAUUUAGGUAAAAUCAUUGUAAUGAAAAUGGAAUUAGACGAUUUGGAGUCUGUGAGAGAAUUCUGUCAUUCAUUCCUUCAAAAAUUUGACAGAUUGGACAUUCUCAUUAACAAUGCAGGAGUUUAUUCUUCUCCAUCCACUCUUUCUAAACAGAAUCUGGAGAUUCACUUUGCUGUCAAUCAUUUAGGUCACUUUAUGCUAGUUCACUUUUUGAAAUCUCUCAUCCAACAAACAAGUGUUGCACACAACAAGGAAUGCAAAAUCAUUAGUGUGAGCAGUUUGGGACAUAUUGCUGUUCGAAACAAGGAUCAACUCUUAUUCACAAAAGAAAAACUUUCCACUCCUCAAUCAUCUCCAAUGUUUGCUUAUGGUUUCUCCAAGUUAUGCAACUUGCUCUUUAUCAAAUCAUUGGCGAGACAAUUCGAAAACGAAACAGCAACCUCCAAUUCACUGAAGCCAGUUGCCAAGAUUGGAUGUUAUUCACUCCAUCCAGGAACAGUCUCCACUAAUGUAUUUCGUUCAGUAGAUGGAUUGGGAAGUCUUAUGUUACAAUUGACCAAGUGGUACUUUUUCAAGAGUCCUCUAGCAGGUGCUCAAACAUCAAUUUACUUGGCCCUCGAGAAGAUGAGUAAUUUGGAAAGUGGAGGAUACUACUAUGAAUGUAAGCAAUACAGAGGUGAGAGUUGGAUCGCAAAAGAGGAAUCAGUUCAAGAUGAAUUAUGGAAGUUGAGUGAGGAAUUGUGUAAAGAUUAA